AUGCGAGUGGUUCUAGGCACCGAGCCGUCCGAGAUGUCUCUCUGCAGAGCGCUCUAUCUCGCGCGAGGCGACGUCGCGAAGGCGAUUAACUACCACUUAGACCUAGUUCGUGUCGAAAAGUUCACACUCGAGCAGUUAGCUUCGUCGCGUCAUCCGCUCCCUCUCGCCUCCCCUCCGACGAAAACGCGCGGAGAGCUAUUAGCGCUUCCUCCACCCCAUCCACCCCCCGUUUCCGCCACCUCUCCGCCCGCCUCCCCGCAUCCCCCUUAUGUAGCGGCUGCUUCUGUUGCAGAGAAUACGAUCGGAGAGAAUAAUGCGCCGGGGGAUGCGGGAGCGGAAAUGGGGAAAGCCGCGAUGCUGGAAACGGGCACAGCCGUUAGUCAUGCGGGCUCUCUCACUGGCGGAGACUGCACAUCGCAUUCCCCGUGCGAAGCGCCGUCGUCACCAAAUGCCGGCGCUUUACCGUCAGAAGCGUUGAGCCUUUCCCCCGACAGCAUCCGCGAUCCCGCGCGUCCCGAGGCGGAGAACCAUUUCGCUCAGGGGAAAGUUGUGAUGGGCGCAGCCCGGUCGAUGGGCGCACCUUGCGACGCAGUUUCCCCCGACGUUGCGCCAACCGAUGGCGCAGUUCCCCCCACGUCGAGCAUUUCCCCGGACAGCAUUAAUGAGCCCGUUUGCCCGGACGCAGAUCGUGGCUCUGAGCGGGACGGUGAGAUUGGCGGAGAAUUCGCAGUGCGCUCUCCUUGCGCUGCAGUUUCCCCGGACGAGGAGCCACGCGCUGACUCCGCCGAGCCGCCUGCUGUCCCCGCUUCUCCAGACUCGAUGGAUGUGCCUGAUUCAGUGCCGCCCGUAUCCGCGGUGCUAUCUUCAUCGGCAGUGCUGCCGACUUUUACAGAGUCACCUGUACCUACGGUUCAACCCGUUUCUGCAGUUCCUCCCGUGUCUACAGUUGUUCCCGAAUCUACUGUUCCUCCCGUAUCUACUGUUCCUCCCGUAUCUACUGUUCCUCCCGUAUCUAUUGUUCCUCCCGUAUCUACUGUUCCUCCCGUAUCUACUGUUCCUCCCGUAUCUACUGUUCCUUCGGUAUCUACAAUUCCUCCCGUAUCUACAGCUCCUCCUGUGGCCACUGCAAUCCCUCCUCUAUCUGAGGCCCCCCGUCAGCAACCAAUCCCGUCUGACCCCCUACGGCAUCCGAAGCUGAUGAAGCAUUGGAGAGAAGAGAAGGCGGAAGCUUCGCGUUGGUGGCUCUUGGGAGAGCGCCACGUGUCCUGCGUGUCGCUGACACGUGGCGCCAAGCUGGAAGCGUAUGACCCAGUGGAGUUUCACUUCCCGAAAGGCGGAAGGGAAGGCGGAAAGAAAGGCGGAAAGGAGGGCGGAAGACCGCGCGGAAGGCCGCCCAAGUGGGCAGGCAAGGGGAAGUGGGGAAAGGCGUCGUCUCACGGAUCGUCCUCUGGAAGCGCCAUUGUCCGCUUUGGAACCACCAGAGGAGGGGAGGUCGGAUCACUCCCACGGGAGUGGGCGGCGGCGCUGAUACCACUGCAGGCGGAGGGGAAGGUGAAGCUGCGCGGCUAUGUGCUCUCCGCCCCGCCAUGUCUGGACAUGUUCUCGGGCAUCGAGCUCGCCAUCAGGGUGUACGUGCAGCAGUGCUGCUUCCAGAAGCUUAGUCGGGUGAAGGAGCGCGCAGCAGACGCGCUACACGUCAGCACAGCCGCCCACAUCACCAUGCUGCUGCGCUUCCUGAACCUGCGACCGACCCGCCCGGCGGAGUUUACCCCUGCGGACUUCAACCGUCACACGGAGAAUCUGGGCUUAGGCUCGGGCUGUACUGACCGGGAGAUGGAGCCUCCCCUGGGUGUGACCUCGCAGCUGCGGUGUUACCAAAAGCAGGCGCUGCACUGGAUGGUGUCCAUGGAAACCACUGGGCAGAGCGUGCCAAGCAGUGCUGCUGAUGGUGCUGAUGGUGGUGGUGAUGGUGGCAAGAGGUCCAGUGCACGGGAUGAGUGUGAUACGCUGCAUCCGUGCUGGGAGGAGUAUACUCUGCAGCACAAUGGUGGCACUCCGUUCUACCACAACGUUUUCUCAGGGGAAGUUACCCUGGAGUUUCCAAGCGCAAUGGAGAGAAGCAGGGGAGGGAUUCUAGCAGACGCCAUGGGUCUUGGCAAGACGGUUAUGACCAUUGCGCUUAUUGCUGCGAGCAAGGCGAACAGAGAGAGGGAGAGGGCGAAGGGACCAGGGGGUGAACUGGGAGGAGUGGUGGGGAAGGUGGAAGGAGGAGGGGUGGGGAAACAAGUGAGGGAUGGGAGGCGACACGGAAACAUCAACGGAGCAUGUGCUGUUGCAAACGGUGCUGCUUGUAAGGAGGAUGUGGCCGCAGUUGGGAGUGCAAAGCGGAAGAGAGGGGAGUGCAGUGCGGUGGUGGGAGCAGGGAGAGGGAUUCGUGUUGGUUCAAGGAGGAAGAAGCGAGUGAAAAGGGAGGUGGAGGAUGGGACAGGAGAGGGAGGUGAUGUAGCGUUAUUCGACUAUGAUGAUACCGACGAGAAUGAGGAUGAGGAUGACGAUGGGGAUGAGGAGUAUUUGCCUGGUGGGGAAGGGGAUGAUGGUGGUGGUGGUGCUGAUGCUGGCAGUUCUGACAGCGAUGCUGGCGGUGCUGAGAGCGAUGCAGAGGUGCAGGAGGUUGGAACUGAGACGUGGAGAGCAGAGGAGACUCAAGAGGAGGCACACGAGGAGGGUGGCAGGGAGGAAGAGGAGUGGAGCGGCAGGGGCAGCGGUAGCAGCAGGGAGAGGAGGGUGCGAGGAGGGACGCUCAUAGUGUGCCCCAUGACGCUUCUCAGCCAAUGGAAGGCGGAGUGUGAGGCGCACACGGCACCUGGUGUGCUCUCAGUGAUGGUCUACUAUGGCUCGCAGCGGCUGGAUGAGGCUCGCCUGCUGGCACAGCACGAUGUGGUGAUCACCACGUAUGGCACGCUGCAGGCGGAGUACAAGCGCUUCAAUAAAUGUGCGGCAGAAGAGAGUGUGGCAGCACUACAAGGCCCUCUUUCCACCGCAGGGCCGGUGCGGCUGGGGUCGCUGCACAGUGUGCAGUGGUGCAGAGCGGUGCUGGACGAGGCUCAUUAUAUCAAGAACCGCGCGUCUGGUGCUGCCGCUGCCACCUUUGCGCUCCAAGCUGACGCCCGCUGGUGCCUCACUGGCACGCCCAUCCAGAACCAACUGGAGGACGUGUACAGUCUGCUGCGCUUCCUGCGGGUGCAGCCGUGGGACAACUGGGGGUGGUGGCAGCGCCUGGUGCAGCAGCCGUACGAGCGAGGGGACAUGCGAAGCAUCAAGCUGCUGCAGGGGCUGCUCAAGCCUCUCAUGCUGCGCCGAACCAAGGAGUCAAAGGACAGGGAGGGGAAGCGCAUUCUUGUUCUGCCGCCCAUAUCUUUCCGCGUGAUCUCAUGCGACUUCUCACCGGAGGAGAGGGACUUCUACGAUGCACUGCAUAAUAAAUCCAAGGUCAAGUUUGACAGCUUCGUGGCACAGGGCCGCGUGCUGCACAACUAUGCAUCCAUCCUUGAGAUGCUGCUGCGCCUGCGCCAGGUGUGCGACCACCCGUUUCUCGUUUUAAGCCGCUCCGACACAAUGGACGACGAGGACCUCAGCAAGCUGGGACGAAGGUUCCUCGCAGCUUGCUCACAGGGAAUGGCAGGUGCUGCUGCUGGUGGUGCCGAUGCUGCUGCUGAGGCUGCAGGAGAAUGUGAAGAAUCAGGCAGCGGUCCUGAUGGGUGGGAUGAAACCCACAAGGGCCCCUCCCGGGAGUAUGUGCAGUCGGUAAUGGAACAACUGAAGAGGAGGAGGGAGGGGUUAACGCAGGGAGGGGACGAGUGUCCGGUGUGUUUGGAAGUGGCAGAGGAUGCGGUGUUCAUGCCCUGUGCGCACAUUGCAUGCCGCGAGUGCCUGCUCACCGCCUGGAGACCUUCAAGCACGGGCGGCCCUUGCCCCGUCUGCCGUCGGCAAAUCCUGCGCUCCCAGCUCAUCACAGUCCCACGUGCCAGCCGCUUCUCAUUGGAUGUGGAGGCCAGCUGGCAGGACUCUGUGAAGGUCCGCCAGCUGCUACAGUGCCUGGGGGAGAUCCGGGCGGCAUCGGCUCGUAAGGGAGCGCAUGGGGGAGAAGGAGGGGAGAAGAGCGUGGUUUUCAGCCAGUGGACGGCGUUUCUCGAUCUUUUGGAGAUUGCAUUCAAAAGGGCCAAGGUGCCAUUUGUGCGGCUGGACGGCAGCAUGUCGCAGCAGCAGCGGGAGCGGGCGAUCAACGAGUUGAAGGACAAUCCCAAGGUGGAGGUGAUGUUGGUGUCGCUCAAAGCGGGCGGCGUGGGGCUCAACCUCACUGCAGCUUCACAUGCCUUUGUCAUGGACCCCUGGUGGAACCCGUCAGUGGAGGAGCAGGCAGUGAUGCGAGUGCACCGCAUAGGGCAGACUCGCCCGGUUACAGUAACACGCUUCAUAGUGCGCGACUCAGUAGAGGAGCGCAUGCAGAAGGUGCAGCUGCGCAAGGAUCAGAUGGUGCAGGGAGCGCUCAUGGACGAUGGUGCACGCAACGCAAGGAUAAAUGAGCUCAAAAUGCUCUUCAGGUAG